AUGAGCUCUUCUCACCUAAGCAACAGAGCUGAGAGCCAUUUCCAGGCACAAGAAGAACAUGAACUGGAAACUCUGGGGAAGAAAGCAUGGGACAACCCUGUUUACAACGGAUCCCCUUCCUCCUCCUCCUCGUUGAAAAUCAGAGCAAUCUACAACCCCAAGUCCAUUUUGGAAAAUCCCUACGAGAAUAUUGAAAAAGUGACCGGCUCUUUAUCCUACCCAAAAGACAGAAAGGCUACCGAGGAAGAAAGGAAGAAGGAAGCCCCCUUCCCGGGAUGCUGCUACUAUGUCUUCAAAGGCAUCCGAGGGCUUUGGGGCACAACCUUGACUGAAAAUACCAGUGAGAACCGAGAGCUCUAUGUGAAGACUACACUGCGUGAACUUCUGGUCUAUAUUGUAUUCUUAGUGGACAUCUGUCUGUUGACCUAUGGGAUGACGAGUUCAAAUGCCUAUUACUAUACCAAGGUGAUGUCUGAACUCUUUCUGCAAACUCCUUCAGACAGUGGUGUCUCCUUCCAGACCAUUGGAAGUAUGGCUGACUUUUGGCGAUAUACACAAGGACCUUUCCUGGAUAGUUUGUAUUGGACUAAAUGGUACAACAAUAAAUCUUUGGGCUACAAUGCGCAAUCAUAUAUCUAUUAUGAGAACUUACUGCUUGGUGUCCCACGGAUACGCCAACUCAAGGUCCAGAACAACUCAUGUGUGGUGCAUGAUGACUUCAAAGAAGAUAUUGCUGGUUGUUAUGAUGUAUACAAUAAAGAGAAAGAGAACAUAUCGCCCUUUGGACUCUUGAAUGGGACAGCGUGGCAAUAUUACACAGAGGAAGAACUUGAUGGCUCAUCCCAUUGGGGCAGAUUAACAAGUUAUAGUGGAGGAGGCUAUUAUGUAGACCUCAAAAUAACCCGGGAAGAAAGUGCCGAAACUCUACAACUCUUGAAAGAAAACCUAUGGCUGGAUCGGGGAACCCGUGUCGUUUUUAUGGACUUCUCCGUGUAUAAUGCCAACAUCAACCUGUUCUGUGUACUCAGGUUGGUGGUAGAAUUCCCUGCCACUGGGGGCGCCAUUCCCUCAUGGCAGAUCCGGACGGUGAAACUCCUCCGAUAUGUCAGCACUUGGGAUUUCUUCAUUGUCUCUUGUGAAAUUGUCUUCUGCAUCUUUAUCUUCUAUUAUAUUGUGGAAGAAAUCUUGGAACUGCACAUUCACAGGUUUCAGUACUUCACCAGCAUCUGGAACAUUUUGGAUAUCGUGGUCAUUUUGCUUUCUGUUUUAGCCAUUGGAUUCCACAUUUUUCGUACCAUUGAAGUCAACAGGUUGAUGGGGCAGCUGCUAAGAAAUCCCAGCGUCUACGCAGACUUCGAAUUUCUGGCUUUUUGGCAAACCCAGUACAACAACAUGAAUGCUGUGAACUUGUUUUUUGCCUGGAUCAAGAUAUUCAAAUAUAUUAGUUUUAACAAAACAAUGACUCAGCUGUCCUCCACUCUUGCUCGAUGUGCCAAGGACAUCCUGGGUUUUGCCAUCAUGUUCUUCAUUGUCUUUUUUGCCUACGCUCAACUGGGCUAUCUCCUUUUUGGAACCCAAGUGGAAAACUUCAGCACCUUUGUUAAAUGCAUGUGA